GGCGGCAUUUUUACAGUAGUUCUUGUAACGGGACCAAAAGGUGUUGGUAAAUCCACUUUAGCUCGCACAUUAUUAUUUUCUUGUUUAAUAAAUUUAAUUUAUUUGAAGAACAGCAGUAUUUUUAGAAACGGUCUACCUGUUUAUUUACUCGACUGCGACGUUGGUCAGGCUGAAUGUACACCACCUGGUUGUGUAUCUCUUCACAGAAUCACUUUAUCGCUCUUAGGUACAGCACUUGCCUCACAGAUAUGUUCGUUUCCUCAGUGUUAUUUUUUUGGAAGUGUCACUCCAGCCUCGGAUCCGGAUUUGUACAUGGCUUUGUUUUUGGAUCUUCUGAAUUGUUUCAGAGAAGAAGCCGAUGCUGUGUCAACAUUAGUUAUUAAUACUUGUGGAUGGGUUGAGGGUUUCUUGUUUCAUUCCAUUUUGUUUCCAUCUCUUCAGUUUUUAGUAGUUCUUGAGCACCUACCUCUUGAUCGACCUAACUAUCAUGUGAGUAGCAUUUAUACUGCUGUCUUCGGAUUCCUACUCUUUACUUUUAGUAAAUUCUUCUUUUUGUCAGAGCAAACGGCCUCUCUUUCGCGUGAUCUUCGUACAUCUGCCUACUUUUCUAAGCAUUUGUCGCUGAAGGCAGCAGCCGCUUUUGCUGAGGUUCCGCCAUUAGAGGUCAUUUUCAAGAAGAUGUCUCUUUAUAUUCAUCCUUUGUUAGGAAUCUUGCGGGAUACUCAUAUUUUUGCUGCAUUAAAUUGUACAUUGGUAGCUCUUUGUUCUGAUGAGGAAAAAAGACGGCGAAUUUUUAACAAGGAUUAUAUGCCAUUUUUGAUAGAGGAAGAAAGUGUAAAGCUUCGAUGUUUUGGUUUUGGGUUUAUUCGUGCGAUUGACACUGAUAGACAUUCUUUUUAUGUCAUAACCCCUGUAAAAGAAGAGAUUUUAAAGGUGGUUAACGUAUUUGCUAGAGGAUUCAAUAUAGAUCUGCCAUAUUAUUUUAUGACCCAACAGGUGUUACAACUUUUUCAGUUCAAUUCUCUGCAAAGUAAUAUGUAUGAAGAACUGAAGGUAAGAGGACCAUUAAAACGAGCAAGGAAAAGGCAUAUUCAUUAA